AUGAAUUAAGACAAAUUUAUGAGUUUUGGGUAAAUAGAUAAGCAAAGCACAACUUAAGAUGGAAUUCAGUUAAAUAAACCAAAUCUAGAUCAAUCUGCAAAGUAACAUUAAAAAAUAUAAUUUAAGUCAAUCUUAAGAGAAUGCAAAUAAUGUACAAGUUUCUGCAAAUUCCUAAAUACAUUAAAAUACUACUUUAGUUGGAUAUUUAGAUUAAGAAGCCAAUCAAGUACUUGAUGCUAAAAAAAUCAUAGACAAUAACCAUAAUGCUUAGAAUGAUCAUGAUGAAACUUGUGUUUAGAUAACAGCACCUAAAAAAUACAAAUUGAAGUCAAACCAAAAAUUUGCUACUACUUAAAUCAACUAGUCCAUACAAUAAAAAUCUCCUUCGAAACCUAUUCUACCAACAAUCACGGAAUAAUCCGUUAAAUCUAAUGCUGAUGAUAUAGAUCCUGUUAAGGACUAGAGAAGCAUAUUCUAAGAUGUUGAAAUUGUUAAAUAAGAUGUAGAUAUUGGAAAUUCUGUGAAGACUGUAAAAUCAGAAAAUUAAGAGAUUGAUAAUCGAUUAUAACAAACCUUCACACAAGAUGAUCAGACUUCUUUUUCUAAGUUAGAUUAAUCUAAUGAUACAAAGCAACCUUUAAAGUUCGUAUAAAUAAUGGAUUUGAACCUCAAAAUUCCAUAAGAGAGUAACAAAUUAUUUAAAAGAAAUACUAAUGUGAACCAUAAUUUGGAAGUAUAAAAUUCUCCUUUUAAGUAAAGAGUAAAAGAAGAUCAAAUAGAUUAACAUAUUAUGAAUUAAGCAAGAGCCUUAAUGAUCAAAAAGCUUGAUAUGGAUAUGAGAGAAUUUAAUGAUAUAAUUUAAGGUUAGAAUCAAUAAAUUCUAAAGUUAAGGAGAGUAAUUUUCGACAGAUUGCAAUUUGUUAUCAAUUAUCUUUUUAGAGGUUUCAUUCAUCACAUAUCAUAGCUAGAGUUUAAUUCUUAAGUUUACCUUUUCGGUUCAUGUGCCACUGGUUUAGCCCUUCCAGAAAGUGACAUUGAUAUAGGAAUAACUGGAUUUGAAAUGUGUUUAACUUCUUAGUUAUACAUGCCUAUUCAGAAGCUAACUGAAUUCCUCUAAAAAAUGAGGUGGGUUAACAAUAUUGUGUAAUUUAAAUUGAUAUCAUUAUUUAGUGCGAUCACUUCAUCAACUAUGCCAUUAAUUAAAUUGCAAGUAGAUCCAACUAUCUCCUUCGUUUAGUCCUCCUUGCCAAUAGGAUUACCUUACAUCGAUCUCAUUUUAAAGUAUUAAUCAAUUAUUAAUAAAGACCGGAUGAAAAUAUUACUAGAUAGAUCUUCAGUGUGGAUAUUAGUUUCUUUCAAUAUUCAGGUCCUAAGUAAAAUCAGCAUUUGGGUUUAAUUUCUACUGAGUUAACUUUAUAAUGGUUGUCCUAUUAUAGUGAAUUGAGAUCAAUUGUAUUACUGUUCAAAAGUUUGCUAAAGAAAAGAGGACUAAAUGAUCAAUUCAAAGGAGGGAUGUCCUCUUUUUGUAUCAUCCAAAUGGUUUUAGCCUUUUUGGAAUGUUUCUAUCACUCGAACCAGGCUUCCUCUAUAGGUUACACAACGUAUAAUUUUUUGAAAUUUUAUGGGUCUGAAUUUGAUCCAAAAACAACAGGAAUCAGUUAUAAAGGAUUCAAUGAGAAGUAAUUUUGUAAAUCAAUAUCUCUAGCCCAUUCUAUGAUUUAAAUGAAUAUGAUGAUUAAUCAGAGAUUACAAUAGUGUCACCAAUAACCAAUGAAAUUAUCAGUUCAGCUACAUCAUUUAUUUUGACAAUAUUAUAAGAUUUAAAGACUUUGUAUUAGGCAACAGAAAAUGAAGUAACCUUUUUCUAUGAGAAACUCAAAUAUAAUAAAAAAAAGAAGGGAAAGAAGGAGGAACGAAAUUUAUUUUAGAAAGAAUUGAAUAAACUAAGACCUCUCUUUAGUACUACUGUAUAUAGCAAAACUUGA